UAAAUAAUUAAAAAAGUUUUAAUAAAUUUUUAUAUGGUUGAAAAAAUUUUAAAAAAUGAAUCGAGAUAAUGAAGAACAACGACCAACAUCACAAACUUUGUGCGGUGCAUUGCAAAAAGAAGCUAAUUGCAAGUGCUUAGUAUUGUCAGUAUUAAUUUAUGGUUGCCUUGCUGCUGUCACGUGGUGUAGAUGCGCUAAUAUUACAAAGAUUGUAAUUAAUUUUUCAAAAUACCCGCUCAAAAGUACAAGGCACGUGUCACCUUGUGAUGAUGGUUAUAUUUACAUUCCUGUUGCAUUCAUGGGAAUGCUUUAUUUAGUUUAUUUAGUGGAAUGUUAUCAUUCGCCAAUACGAAUUGAUUUAUUACAUGGCGAAAGUCAGGAUAGCGUUUUAUCAAAACUGUCUCAAUUACGUCUUGCUCAACCGACUAUUUGGUGGAAAGCUGUUUCCUAUCAUUAUGUCAGAAGAAAACGACAAAUUGUACGUUAUCGAAAUGGUGAUAACUAUACGACUACACAAGUGUAUUAUGAACGAGUAAACACACAUGCAGCGACUUCCUUUUAUUUUUAUGACUAUUGUGGUGUUAAGGACAUAAGCAAGGAUCUUGUGAUGGAUCCGAAAAUUCCAAUAACUAAAAUUAAUUUAAGUAAAGGGUUUGCAUUUUCAAACAUGAGAUCUGCUACUGAAUUUGAAGAAGCGAGAUCAAGAUUUUUUGCUGAACAAGAAUUACGUGAUGAUUACAUGGAAAUGCGUGAAGGAUUAGAUCUCGGUUACAAUUUCAAUACAUCAACGACUCUGGUCGCAGUAUUAGGCAGACCAUGGUUUACAAACACCUACGUAUAUUGGUGUCUAAGUGCUCUUUUACUCAGCUGGCCGCUGAGAAUAAUAAUCGAAUGUAAAACGCAGUACGCAAAUUACCAAGUGACUAAAUUAUUCGGCGUUAAUUAUGAUACACCAUCCAGUACACAAAUUCACGCAUCCCCAAGUCAAUUAAGUGCACCUGGUUCUUAUAUGCUGGCACCAAGUUAUUCCGAAGCAUUAUUAAUGGAGCCAGCAGCUUCAUCAUCAUCAACAUUCACCGAAAACGGAGUUACCAGUGAUUCAGACAAUGAAAUGUUGGUACCAAGUUACUCGGAGGCACUUUUAUAUGAACGCGCUGCUGUAGCUUCUUCAUGUCCAUCAACAUCCAACGCAAUAACCCAAUCAGAUGUUAAUAAAGUAGCCUGUACUGUCGGUAGAAGUACAACAAAUUCAAGUUUAUAUGCUAUCGUUGAAAAUCCAUCAAGCUUUGAAUGCAAUUGUCAUUGUCAUCAAUUACAAAUAUAUGAUAAUAAUGAUAGUAAUAUUUAUUACAAUACUAGCAACAGUAAUAAUAAUAAUAACAAUAAUAAUAAUGUUAAUAGUAGUCUAAGGGGACAGUCAAGUCCUGACAUACGUGCCUGUAAUAAUUGCAGUGCUUCGAACAAUCACUUAAUUAUAAAUAAUUCAGGGAUAAAAAGUAAUAUAAAUAAAAUACCACGUGAUGUUUCCGCGCCAAAUUUGAAUAGUUAUUCGAGUGAUUUUAUGAAAAAUAAUAGUUUACAAGUGCUUAGAGCUAAUGGACAUAGUUUAGAGAGUAUACUCGAGAGCGAAGAGACUAUUAGCUUAAGAGAUAUUGAUGAAAGAGUAAGAAUUAAUACGAUGCGUGGAGCUAUUCCGAAAAACUGUAGAAGAUCGAGUGUGUUGAGAAAUAGUAAACUCGAUAUUAAUGAUAGUAGAAUGGAGGAGGGGAGAAUUAAUGAUAAGAUUCCUGCAUCCAAAACUUAUUUUUGUCUCAAGUCUAUUUUAAAAAAGAAGAAGCAGAAUAAGAGACGAUACACACUAGUUACUACUGAAGAAUUGAAAUAUUUGAAUGAUAGUCAUGAGGAUUCGAGAGUCGAUGAUAGUGAAACUGUUAUUUUUUUGCAAGAAUCUCCAGAGAAAAGGAGGUGGGUUGAAAUGAGCGAGGGUAAACGCGAUAAUCCGUAUAGAACACUUAUUUUUGCAAGUCCAAUACACGAAGUAUGCCGUUCAAAUGAUCCAUUUAUUGUUGAUGAUGAUGGAAAAAGCCAAGACGAAUUACCUGAUAAUAAUAUUUCAGAUCUUCCAGUUUUAACACGAUUAGGACGAUCAUUGACAGUUUUAAGUGAAUCUGAAUUACCUUCAACAACUCCUCACAAUACUAAUAAUACUAGUAAUAUUAAUAGUAAUAGUAAUAAUAAACGAAAAAAUAAACAACGUUCGAAGCACCAUAGAACAUUGAGUAUAGAGCCAGAAUAUUUACAAUUUUUUACGUCUUCCGACGACACGAGUUCUCCAUUCCAACAAAGUACUAGUCUUACGACAACCAAUAAUACUAAUAUUUUUGUUAAUAAUGGCACUCGUUUAACCCGAUCUUUAACUGAAAGACGGCCAAAAACUUCCAUUAGAGAUAAAUUUAUACGAAGAAGUUUUACCGAUGAACGUACCGAUUUUGGUAGCAAACGGAUUAAUUUCAGUUUAGAAACUUCUUUAUAAUAAGCGAUAAAAUUUUUGAAAAAUUAGCUAAAUGCAAUCCAAUAUAAUUUAAAAUAAAAAAUAAAAUUACGUUUUGCGCAUUAAUUUAUUGAGUAUUUUAUAUAAAAUCAGUCCGUUUUUCCGCACAUCUUUGGUUUGUCGAAUUAUGUAAAAUAUAAUUAAAAAUUAAAAGGAAGGAAAGCUUACGAUGGCGGAAAGUAAAAAAUCACUAGAUAGAAAAUAAAUUUUUAAAAGAAAUUAAUUUUGACAUACGCGACAAGCUUUGGGCUUCCGGUAACUUAAAACUUAUCUUUACGUGACUGUAAUAUGAAUCUUAAGCUCAUAUUGCAAUGUCACGAUCGGUGAAUAUGUCACAAUUGUUUCACAUGUUGCACAAUGUACUAUUGAGGUCAAAGUUGAAGAAAUCAUUUAAAAAAAAUCAGGACAGCUCUCAUAAAAUCCAAAAGAAAAACAAAAUGGCUGAUUUUAUAUGAU